UGGCGGUGGCCGUGGUGGUGGUGGACGUGGUCGCGGUGGUGGUCGUGGUGGUGGUCGUGGUGGCUACAAGAAGUGGUAGUAGGACUCGCUACUGCGACGGUUUGAGGGCCUAUGGAGCGGUUGAUGGCUUGGGGAUGGGAAAACUCCGGCUGGACUGAUUUGAUCCGGGGUUUGAGAAUCGCAUUGGUCAUGGCUUCCUGAAAUACGUUUUGGACAAGCUAUUGCUAUGCUUUGUCUGAGCAUUGAAAGCGCCUCUGGAUGGGAAUCUUGCCUAGACCUCAGUUGGUUUCUGAUUUUUGGUUCCCUGGCGGGGUGUCCGUUGUUUCAUUUUCUUUUUUCAUGUUGUUAUCAGCGUGUUGUUGUCCACGUUUUGUUUAUACUAUUAUUACUUUGCAUUGACGAUCGGAUUACAGUUUCAUCCAAGGAAAUGUGUGGGAUGGAAAGAAGAAAUGGAUACAUAUCGACUUCAAGUUCAGUCAAAAGGAGUCCGAGAGCAAGGAACUUUUAUGAUACCCCAAAAUACGUGCCUUUCAUCGAGCCUUUUCUUUUGAUAGAUGGAUGGGUAAAGCCGGAGAAACUGAUAUUUUGCAGACUAUCAAAUUGAGUUUCCCUCUGUUGCUGCGCCGCUCAUCCUCAAUCGACAGUUUUCAC